AUGACGGGGGACUCGACGGCCUCGGCGGAGUUGGCGGCGGCGGCGGCGGCGGGGCUGUGGGGGACCUGGCAGGAGCUGGUGCUCGGCGGGGCGGUGCUGCGACUCGGCGCCGCCGACUGGAGCUCUAUCGCCGCCGAGCUGCGCAGGCGGUUCUCCCAUCCCUUCACCCCUCAGGUCUGUGCCGGAGCCUCCCUCCUUCGCCUCCGUCCUCCCUCCCGUAGCAUCUUCCAAUUAUCAGCAUCUAUUUUUCAAAGCAUUCCUGAGGAGCGGCGGGGGAGAGUUGGCGGUUCUCGGCGGCGAGCGGCGCCGGCCCCGUCUCCCUCUCUCUCUCUCUCUCUCUCUCUCUCUGUUCUCGCCCGCGGUUGUUCUUUUUUUUUCCCGAUGGUCCGGGGAAAAACUUCCUUUCACAAAUGGCGACAGGGCGUUUGAGAAAUGUCUUUCCUGCCCUUCCGUUUUCUCCGCCGCCGCCUGUCUCAGGGGAUUUUUUUUUUUUUUUAAAGAGACAACGCCUGCGCUCCUCAACUGUCCAAUCGAGGCGGAUAUUUAUUGCAUUAAACCCUUGGCUGCUACUUUUUUGUGAAACAGUCCUGUAUAUACUUUUUUCUCUUACUACACGACCCUACAUCAAACCCUUUUGGGAAAAGUUUUUCUUUGCGGAGGCCUACGGAGAUUUGCCACCGUUUGCGCCGAUUAUUACAAUGGCACCCUCGACUUUCUUGUCAGAGUCCCCGUCAACGCGCCAGAAAAGUUUUCCACGGCGUCGAGGCCCCCGUGUUUGAUGAGAAAGGAUGAUUUUUUUCUUUCCUCUUCGGGGCACAGAGAGUGAGAGAUGAUCACGAGUAGUAGAUAACGACACUCGGGGAAGUCUGUAAGCCUCCUGGAAGUCUCCUUGGACUGUUUGGGGGGCGGGGGGGCGGGGGGGGGGCGUGUUGACUUUAAUCUACUCGAUCGAUGAGGAGUUGACUGACGCCUUUCGUGGGGCCCGCACGGCGGGGUUUGGUUGGCAGGAAUGCGAAGCCAAGUACGAGGAUGUCCAGGAGCGAUUCUCCGACUUUGAGUGAGUUCCUCAGUUGACCUGAUGAACCCCACCUCCCCUGUGCGGAUUCUCACCUUGAGGCCCAAUACGCAAGACAAGAGUUGAAUGGGGUAUUUUAAAGUGGUGUCUGUGGUUGCUUGGUUUUAUUUUAUGAUCAUGUUGUCAUGUUCUCGUGUGAUCACUGUUAUGGUCGGUGAUUCCGUUGUCAUUUUCCCCUCUGGAAAAUAUUGAUGAGGCGGCAAAUCUACGGAUUUUUCUGGACCUUAAUUUAGAUUUUUGGUGCGUUGAAUUUUUGUUUAAAAGUCAUAUGUUCUAAGUUUUUUUGUUCUUGAGGCCUGCUACAGAGCAGAGUUCUGCUAACUCUUCUCCCCCAUGUUUUCCAGCGAUUGGUUUGAAGCGCUUCGGAGGCAGAGAGUCAAGGAACUGAAGAUGGAGCUUGCCAAAUCGGAGGACUCCAUUGGGUUAGUGGGUUGAUUUUACCUGCAGAAACCAUUUUCUUCUUUUUGGAAAAUGUCCAGCAUAUCUUCACUUGAGAAUAGUCAUGGGUUGAUGUAAUGUGGCCGAGAUCAAGAGGUUCUUGGACCUGGUGGAAAAUAAUUAAUGAGUGCGGUAUGACCUCGAGAAUAAUCAGUAUUGUGAUCUCUGGGAGCAAUCAGCUGGGUCUGAACCUCGAUAAUACCAUAGAGAUUAAGACAAUUGAACGUAUUAGUUGGAAAUCGAGUUCAUUCUUGCAGUAAUAUAUAUUAUAUCUUCGUAUGGAACGACAUGGUGCUCAGUAAUUUCUAUCUUUUGUUCCUCAGAUAUUUGCAGUUGAAACUCGAAUAUCUCAAGGCCAAGGUGGAGAGUGAACAGGGUGUGGACUACAAUUCUGGACGCUCGGAGUCCCCUUUCCCCAAUGAAAACGUGGAAGUUACCGAUGACGCUUCCAGCAAGGAACCCUUCAACGACAGAUCCUCCGCUGGGAGCUUCAUAGACGAAGUGAGGAGCGGUUGGUCGCCUGACGCUCCGAUCUUAGCUUCUGUCUCGGCACAAGGGAAGGAGGUCAAUCUGGAGGUCUCCAAGGGCUCUGCUUGGACCAUACUCAGCUUCAAUGGUGAUGCUCCUGUGAUGCCAGGAAAUCUCAGAAGGAAGAGAGGAGCGAGGAAGAGGAGAUUCCAUGUCGAGGAAUCCAAGGGUCUCCACAGCCAGGAGACAGCGGGGCCAAGCAAGGAAGGGACCGUCAGUGGAGAUUCUGUCGAGCCUUUGAUGAAUCAACACAGAGGAGAUCUGGAAGGAAUCUUGGAUGCAAUUUUGGAGCACGAGGCUGUCUCUCUUUUCUCUCAUCGACUCGACAGCCAGGUGAGAUGAAGGACAAACAGAACAGGAGCCCGCCCACGGCACGCCUGAUCAUUUUCUUCCAAUAAACACUUCAGAUCAGAGCAUGCGAUUGUUCCUUUGACAUGGAAUCUGAUUGCUCUUCCGACACGCCUGUUAAUUUCUGAUUGUUCCUUCGACAGAAGAAAUCGCGGUACAGGAAGAUGGUCCGCAGGCACGUCGAUUUCCAGACGGUGAGGUCAAGGAUAAGCGACGGCUCGAUCUCGUCCGCCAAGGAGGUGUUCCGGGACUUGCUCCUGCUCUCCAACAACGCUCUCGUCUUCUUCUCCGAGGACUCCCCCGAGCACAAGUCCGCCGUUGUCCUCCGGGGGCUCGUUGCCGAGAGGCUCUCAAUGGAGGCCUGUAGCCCCAGCCGGAGCAGCACCUCGGUGAUCAGCGAGCAGUGCAGGAUUACCAGGCCCGCUGUUUCUCAGCUAUGUGAUCAGAAGCCGACUGCACUGGAAGAGAAGCCGGAGGAGGCCCCAGAGAAGGGCCUCCCGGAGGAUAUCUCAGGCCAGACGCCUGUGCCGAAGAGGAGGGGGGUCGGACGACCAGCGAUGGGGGCCAAGCGAGGCCUCAAGAACCCGAAGGCGUCUCCUGCCAGGGCGAGGAGGAAGAUCGAGAGGUGA